GGAGUGCGAAAGCCAUUUGGACACGGUGCUGAAGAACCACUCACUCCAGUCGGAGGAAGUGAAUCGGUCACAACACGUUCCCUUCGUCCCAUCAUUCCGGCUCUACGGAAAAAAAAAAAAAGAAAAAAGGAACGCAAUCCACAUUUUUAAGACUUUCAGUUUUGUUGUUUGUCAUCAGUUUUUAUUAGUUUCGAAAAUCAAUCGAAUCAUCUCCGCGUGGAAUCGACUGUUGUGUUCUGUACCUCGCUGUGUUAAACGCGCCCCCCCCCCCUCUACCCGGUCUUUAGUUCGGUUCGUGAUUUUUCGACACUUGUGUGAGGCAUCCAGGGUAUCCUUUUCGUAUAUAAUUGAAGAAAAAAAAAAAUACCGGCGUGACGGAGAUUUAAAGUUCGACACCGUCCAUUGCAUCACGCUGAACCGGGAAGAUUUCGGACUGGACAUCGGAGCCAUGAUGGACAGUCAUAGUGGUGUGAACCAACUAGGCGGUGUGUUCGUUAGCGGCCGGCCUCUACCCGACCAGACGCGUCAAAAGAUUGUCGAGUUGGCCCAUUCCGGUGCCCGACCGUGCGACAUUUCGCGCAUCCUCCAAGUCUCCAACGGAUGCGUCUCGAAAAUACUCGGAAGGUAUUACGAGACGGGAUCGAUCCGGCCGCGAGCUAUCGGCGGCUCCAAGCCUCGCGUGGCUACCAACGACGUCGUCAGCAAGAUUUCGCAAUUCAAGCGCGAAUGCCCGUCCAUCUUCGCCUGGGAAAUCCGCGACCGCCUACUCCAGGAGGCCAUCUGCAAUAACGACAACAUCCCCAGCGUUUCGUCCAUCAACCGUGUAUUACGUAACCUGGCGGCGCAGAAGGAACACCAGCAGCAGCACCAACAUCCGCACCAGCACGUUGCCAUCCCUUCACCGGAUUCCGUCUACGAUAAGCUCCGCAUGCUUAACGGCCAAUCGCAAUGGCCGCGAACCAACACAAACACCUGGUAUCCUAAUGGAAAUGGCGCCGGUUUGGGCUUAACCACCGGUGUAGGAGCCGGUAGUCCACCUUACACUCCGCUGCCCGGAGCGACGAGCCCGGAUCAGACCCCGCUGUGUCAUCAAAUAUCCAGCAACGACGGAUCUUAUAACCACAAGAAAGGCGCUGACGAUGUCAUGUCAGAAGACGGUGGCGUUAGUUCCGGAGAGAAUUCCCGGUCGGCUCCUCCCACGCCGACGACGACGACACCGUCGGACGACGACCAGGCCCGAUUGCGACUCAAGCGCAAACUCCAGCGCAACCGCACCUCCUUCACCAACGAGCAGAUCGAAAGCCUCGAGAAAGAAUUUGAACGGACUCAUUAUCCCGAUGUUUUCGCGCGUGAGAGAUUGGCUGCCAAAAUUGGACUGCCCGAAGCCCGAAUUCAGGUUUGGUUCAGCAACCGACGUGCAAAAUGGCGUCGUGAGGAGAAAUUACGGAAUCAACGGCGCGGACCAGAACAACAGCAAUCAUCGUCGCAACAGCCGGAUCAAGUCAAUGCCCAGCAGCAGCAGCAGCAACAACAACAACAGCAGCAGCAGCAGCAGCAACAACAACAACAGCAACAACCACAACAGCAACAACCACAACAGCAACUGAUCCCUGUGGUUGAACCUCCUCCCAGUUCGCCCCGCAGUGUUUCUCAUUCCGCCAAUUAUCCCAGUGGCAUUUAUUCAUCUUUGGCCACCACCAUGAUGACUGAUACCUACAGUUCCGCGUUUAAUGGAAUGAAUUCAAUGAACGGAUUCGGUGCCAUGGGGCACCAUCCGGGUGGACACGGUGCCGUGGGUCCAGUUGCGGCGGCCGCAAUGACCCCAGUAACUCCGGCGAUGAGCCACAUUGGAGCCGUCCCACCAAUCGGUACUGGUAGCGGUUGUAGCCUUCAACACCAGCAGCAACAACAGCAGCAACAGCAGCAAUUGCAACAACAAUCGUCUCAUCAAGCUCAGCAACCGCGGGACCAUCAUUCCGCUCAUUCGGUCCACUCAUCAGGCGGCUACUCGUGUAUGAGUCGGAUGUCUGGUGGUUACGACAUUUCGGCGUACAACCGCCAUCAUCCGCACUUGUCGCAUUCCAUGGGCCAAGUUAGCGGCCCAAUCGGACCGACAGCUACGUCGGUUUCCAAUUCGCUUGCCCACAAUUAUCAUCAGUCCGUCAACAGCCAAUACGGAAUGCACCACAACAGUCACAACUCCGCAACAGGUUUAAUUUCUCCCGGAGUUUCUGUCCCAGUAGCCGUUCCAGGCCAGCCGACUGCCGAGAUGCACCAUCAAUACUGGACUCGACUGCAGUAGAUUUAACAAAAAUGCCUGACUUUAAUCCGUUCGUUCAAGGUGGAUCCCUUGACGAACGGUAUACAAGACAACAAAGAACUUAAACAUA